GGCGGGGAACCACAAGGAGCCGUACGCACCAUGUCUCUCCGUGACUGCUCUGAUGGGUAAUGUGACCUGACGGGGGUCCUGGCUUCCAGCAGUUACAGCACCUCUCCCUCCUCAGAGCCAUGAUGUCAGUUACAGUGUCCUCACUCCUAUCACACUGUGCUAAGGGGACUGCCUUGCCCCACCUGCUUUCUCUCUGCCAUGUCCAGCGCGGAAUGGCCUCUCAGUGCUGCUGUUUGGGUCUCCGGCCCAGCAAGGCCUGGCUGCGUGGGCCCUCCUCCCACAGAGACUGUGCCCUGGGCCCCGGCGUUGGUCCCCGGGCCCCGCGGCACUCCUCCUCAGCUGGUGAGGACCCAGACUACCAGCUGACGCCGGCGCAAGUCGACGGCAUCCUGCAGGCGAACGAGCAGUCCGUGCGGGUGCCUGAGCUGGAGGGCAGGGGCCAGAGCGCCGUGCUCAGGUUCGAGAGCAACCAGCUAGCCGCCAACACGCCCAACGAGGACCGGCGCAGCAGCGCCACCUGCCUGCAGACCAGGGGCAUGAUGUUCGGGGUGUUCGACGGGCACUGCGGCCACGCCUGCGCCCAGACGGUCAGCGAGCGGCUGCUCUACUACGCGGCCGUGGCGCUCAUGCCCCAGAGGAGCCUGGAGGAGAUUGAGGACGCCGUGGAGAGCCGCAGGCCUGUGCCACCCCUCCUGCAGUGGUACAAGCACCACAAUGACUACAACUACCGCGAGUCGUCCCCGCUCUACGCCGAGCACCUCCGUCUCUUCUGGCAGGAGCUGCUGGCCGGAGAGGAGCACCUGGAAGGCAUGAGCCCCCAGGACGCCCUGGAUCGCGCCUUCCGCAGGCUGGACGCCGACAUCUCCCUGGAGGCCCAGGCGCCCCUGGAGAGCGACCCGCUGCGGAGCGCGGCGCUGCAGACGGCCUUCGCCGGCUCCACGGCCUGCGUGGCGUUCGUGGACGGCGAGGGUGUCCACGUGGCCAACGCCGGGGACUGCCGGGCCGUGCUGGGGGCGCAGGCAGGGGAUGGGAGCUGGAGCGCCGUGCCGCUGUCCCGCGACCACAACGCCACCAACGGGGUGGAGGUGGAGAGGGUCCGGUCCCGGCACCCCGAGGCGGAGCAGGACACGGUGGUGGCAGACGAGAGGCUGCUGGGGAUCCUCAUGCCCCUGCGGGCUUUCGGAGACGUCCGCUUCAAGUGGAGCCGUGAGCUGCAGAGGAGUGUCCUGGAGGAUGCCCGGGACCUGGAGGACCUGGCCGUCUACCAGUACACGCCCCCAAACUACCUCACGCCUCCUUAUCUGGAGGCAGCGCCGGAGCUGACCUAUCACCGGCUGAGGCCCGGAGACCGCUUCCUGAUCCUGGCGUCGGACGGGCUGUGGGACAUGCUGGAGAGCCAGGAGGCGGUGCAGCUGGUGGCGGAGCACCUGACGGGCCUUCGGCAGCAGGGGGCGCUGUUCGCCCGCGAGUGGCAGGUGGGUGCGGGCCGGGCACGCGGCCAGCCACUAGAGUGCCCCGCCCCGGCUGCUCCCCACCUCGACGCCAACUCCGCCACGCACCUCAUCCGGCACGCCAUUGGCCUCAACGAAUACGGCGAGGUCGACCAGGAGCGCCUGGCCGCCAUGCUGUCCCUGCCGGAGGACACGGCGCGGAUGUACCGCGAUGACAUCACGGUCACCGUCAUCUACUUCAACUCCAACACAAUGAAAGAGCAGGAGAACUAGGGGGAGCUUUGCAGGGAACCUCUGACCUGAGCUGCAGCGGCUGUUCGGCGUCUGUUAGUCAUACGUGGGCUCAGUUCCUUCCUUUACUUCACUUAAAAGUGACUCCCGAAAAGUGACCUCUGAAUCCGACAUCUGGUUGUGAAUACCAAACAAUUCUUACAGUUUGCGGUGGGCUGACUCCCCUGUCACUCUUUAUGUUACAGAGAUUGAUUUUGCCUUUCACUUCAGCAGUAUUGAACCUAUUCUGACAGACAACACAAAUACCACUCGGUGGGUUUGUUAUGACAGAAGAGAACUGGUGCAAGAGAGUGAAGCACACACACACACACACACACA